AAUGCCAAUCGCAGUUUCCAUCGCGUCGCAUCGCCGAUUCGCAACCCGUGUACCCUCGGUCGACUGCAUCCCGGCGCGUCUUGCAAACGAAUAUCGCGAUCUCAACCUAACAUCAUAUUGUCUCCGAUAUUUUUCACAGUUUAGCUAAAUAGUUCUCGGCGCCUUGCUGCGCUCAAUGCGCCAAAAUGGCACCCACCAAGGCGACCGUCGAGCACUCGGUCGAUCGAACCCCCGAGUAUGAGAAAUUCAUCGAGGAAUUGCGCGUCUUCCACGAGAAGCGCGGCACAAAUUUCGACCCGGAGCCAAAGAUGGGCAACUUCACAGUCGACCUCCUCAAACUCUUCAAUUACAUCAUCGAGCAUGGCGGCUAUGACAAGGUGUCCGAUGAGAAGCUUAUGUGGCGGAAAAUGUGCGAAGGCCUGGGUCUGAUGCGGCAUAAUGCCCCAGCAGAUGCCUAUACUCUGAAACAGAUCUUCUACAAGAAUCUAGCCGCAUACGAGAUCAAAACUGUUCACAACAAGGAACCUCCCCCGCCCGAGAUCCUCGAGUUUACUACAGCCAAGGGAGGGUCUCUACUCACCCGGACACUGGAGACAUUCCAAGCUCGAGCGAAGGCAGAUAGGGAAGGGUCAACUGAAGAUGGUACGCCGAGUAGGGAACGGCGCGCCGAAGAAACCCCCGCCUCUGGCCGGGCCUCUCGCGGCCUUAGAGAAGCUCCAGCCCCCAGGGUCAUAUUCCAUCCCGACACAAACUCAUCGCGGCAGACCCGGCACGCUUCAGGCCAACAAUCUGGCGCGUCCGGUUCAACCGCACAACCCCAGUCUCAACCCCAUCACAACUCGCAGUCCCACGGCGGCACCCAGGUCGCGAUGCAUCAGAGCCACCCCCACCCGGGCCGCGGCGCGCCCUCUGUGGUCUACAAUCCUCCAGGACCCGACAUGAGCAACCCGUUCGUGCAAAACUAUCAACCGCAGCCCUCCCAACAGGUACCGCUGCGUAUCGUCGACACCCCCGCGAGCAACCCCGACUUGUUUGCAAGGAAGCAGCGGCUCUUGCGCCAGCCGACGGCUCCGGCGCCCAACCCAGGGGCACUCGUGCGGGCGUCCAUUCCUCCGGGGACUCUCGACGGGCCGAACAUUUACGAAAGGUGCCUCUUGGCUCUUCGCUCCGGUAUCCAAGCAGAGCAGGCCUUCGGCCUGAACCACCUCGUCAAGAUAUCUUAUGAGCGCGGUGACAAGUACAAAUUCUCGCAGUUUAGUGGACUAGCAGAAGGCUUGACCGAGUUUGCUCUUGGCGUCGGGAACAUGUUCUAUGAAGUCGAGUGGACCAUUUCCAACGACCCCGAUUUUGACGACGGCGAGAUCAGCGAGCUUGACGGCCUCAAUGGCACAGCCGACAUUCUCGAGAGGAUUUCCCAGCUCAAACUCAAGGACGUGCAAGACAAUUUCCAACCAGUUGAGUUCACAGACCAGUUGAUGCUGGUCACCGAGGCUGUCUUGACCAUCCGGAACAUGGUCAUGUUGCCCGAGAACGCCUGGUUCAUCGCCGACUACCCGCCUGUGAAGGAUCUUCUCUGCAUCCUGCUCCAUCUCCCGCCGAUGGACGUGGCCGUGGAGCUCAAGCAUUCUGCUCUCGACAUUGCGGAACAAAUUACCCCAUACCUCAUCCUCGACUCCGAGGACCCGCUCUAUCAAACGCUCCUCGCGCAGCUUCAAUCCUCGGAUCGCGGGAUGAUUCUUACCGCGCUCCGUGCUAUCAGCCGUAUUGCCAUGAACCACCCCACCGAGACCAACCAGCUCGGUGACGUCCCGCCUACCACCCUACAAUGUCUCAUGGACUGGCUGAUGCUCAACGACGACGAACUCGUGGAUGCCUGCCUAGACUUUUUGUACCAGUACACAGCCGUCAUCUCCAACCUGGACGUGAUGUUGGAGGGGACCAAGGUUGAGCACCUCGUAGUACACCUUGUCCGGCUGCUCUCGCACGGAGCUAAGCGCUACCAGCGAGAAAUUGUCGUCAGCGAGCAGCGUCUUGCCUACGAACCCGCCUCGGAGCAGGUCGUUCCGAUUCCCAGGGACCUCCAAGAGCGGCUCCUCGCCAUGGAAGAGCCCGAGCGCUGCUUUGCGUGGCUUCGCUGCUUCUUCGAGGAGGAUCCGGAAGCUCAAAUCACGCAGAUUGCCAUCUGGCAGGCGUACAAUGCGUCAUUCCUCGAAUCUCUGAAGAGGAUGGGCCGCACCAUGAUCAACGCACCCGAGUUCAUCCGUCACAUUAGCACAGUCCACCAAAAUGCCGGCGCGCAGGUCAUUCGCGAAGCAAACGGCGAGUCGCAGAAGUUCAUUAUGCGUGGCAUCCGCCCCCGGGCGUUCCCCGUGACCACCGACGGCCGCGGCUAUUUCCAAUGCCAAUGGCAGCGCGCGCCCGGCCAGCACAUCAAGUGCGGGACCUGGAACAUCUCGACCGAAAAGAUGUGGGAACAUAUCCUCACGGACCACCUGAACGAAACCCCCAGCGAGGACGGCAAGUACCAGAACCGCGAGGCGACCUACGUCUGCGCCUGGGACGGGUGCGCCAAGUACCACAAACCAACCAAACUCCACCUCACCCAGUUCAUGACGCACAUCAAAACCCACCUCAAAGCCGAGGAAGCCUCCCGCGCCGCCGCCGCCGCCGCCUCGCAACAAGCCGACCUCCCGUCCACCCCGCACGGCGGCGGCGGCGGCAGCGGCAGCAGCGCGACGGGCUCCCCCUCCAAACGCGGCUCCAUAUCCUCUGCCAGCGGCGGCGGCGGCAGCGGCACCCUCAACAACAACAACAGCAGCGGCAGCAGCAACAGCAGCAGGGCGCGCGUGGUGCGUCCCGCCAAGACCAUCACGCUGACCUUCGAGGACACGGCCUCGGCGCGCGACGAGCGCAACGCCAACGCCCCGCCCCAGGCCGCCGGCAUCCCGCUGUCGGCCGCGCUCAUCCUGCGCAACAUCGCGCGCAACGUCAUCAAGACGGGCGCGGAGGAGCGGCUGGUCAAGCGCGCUGCGGAGAGGCGGGAGAAGGAGGCUGGGGGUGGUGGUGGUGAGGGUGGUGAAGGGAAGGAGGGUGGUAAUAGUGAGGGUAGUGGUGAGGAUGGGGGUGAGGAUGCGGGCUGGAAUGAGCGGCUGUUUAGGCCUGUCAUGCCCCGUCUGUGGGAGGUGUUCACGGAGAACCGCCUGCUGGCGCCGUAUGUGACCAGCCUGUUCCAGCUGCUGGAGAAGGAGAGGGACGGGUUCGCUUUUGGCAGCUAAGUUGCCGCCAUUAAUGCCCGUCCGUCCGUUCGUCUCCAUUCCUUGAUGCGGAGCCUCGCUAGGGUUGGUAUCCAUUGAUGGGUGGGCCGAGACGAGACGGGACGGCGGGAGAAGGGCGCGGAUCCAUGAUGACCGACCGUUGUGUCGGGACUAUUUUUGU